CCAGGAGAUUAUUGCAUUUGUGAAACACGGCGUCAAUGCCGCAUCUAGCAUUGACUUGCCAUGGCGCAACGGGCGACAGCCCCCGGCGGCGCGAGGCGUACCUGCAGCCGCUAGUGCUGCCACGCCCGCUGCAAUGGGAUGGAUGCAUCGAAACAGCCCGAUGGGUUGGCCAUCACCAAGACAUCUUCAACGACGUCUUCAAUGAAACGCACUUGCAUCCGCUGGGUACGUGUCCGUGGGGUUGGAUUGCCGGACCAGUAGAUCCAGCCCGCGGCCGUCUCUGGCCUCAUCUUCGCCGGUGUUUGAGAACGCAACGCUUUCCGCCUUUUAACUUAAAUGAUCACCCGAGCACGGGCCCAGCGGGCAUCUCUCUCGCUGGGUUGUACCACACGAAGUCGCGGCUGGGGAGGAAAGGCAUGACUGUCCACCUCGUCCUACUCGCCGUCGCUACAUAUUUCCAUCCAUCGCCGCGGCCGAUAUCAUCAACCACCAGGCCGCCAUCGCCUGUCUUUCCCAUCCUUCCCGCCUACCUCGCCCUGGGCCGCCCGCCGCGUGCAGCGAUCGACAGCGCAUACAGCACAACCCAGCACAGGAAUUCAAAUACAGCUCACCACCCGGCCGCAUCCUCCGCCAGCGCAUAUUCGUCCUCCCCGCCCAUGCCUGCUCCUGGCAACUGGCCCUCCUCUUGUCCACUCGCUACCUCUCCACUCACUGCUGCACCCCUAGUGUAAUUAAGUGCAGGUGACAAGUGCCGCCGAGAGGAGACACGUGGGGUUUUAACCAAAGUUCACCCAGGUACCGGCCAUCACCACCUGCAGGCCCCAGUGUCGCCAGGGGCCAAU